GACGCUGCGGUUUGUGUGUGUGUGUGUGUGUGUGUGUGUGUGUGUGUGUCUUCAUAAAGCACUGUGCGUUUAUGCUUGCUGGAUUUAUUGCUGCUCUGAGAACAAAACUCUAUUCAAGUCGCAGGAGCACCGAGAUUAAAUGGAUCUUCUUUAUUGUGCGCAUUAGUGCUGUGCAAGAUUUCUGAGCUACUUUUCGUGCUGAUGCUGAAGGUGCCACUUUGUUGAUUCGGAGCGUUGUGCAUGUUUGGACGGAACGAGAAGAAGAAAGCAUUUGGAAGUGCGUUAUUUCAGUCUUGAGUGUUUGUGAUGAGAGGGAACUUUGCGUAAUUGAGAUGUGCGUCAGGAGCACAAGGACUUAACCCAAAUUUGAGGAUGUAUAUGUGUGGAUUUCUGAGCCUGGCGAUUUUAUGCUCAAUUCUGCUCGGAUUUGCUGCACUUGGCAAAGCUGCAGAAUGCGAAUCUGGGUGCAAUCUUGACAAUGGGGUCUGUGACAAUGGAGAGUGCAGGUGUAACCCUGGCUGGCAGGGUGCAACAUGUGAGCAGUGCAUUCCUUUCCCCGGCUGCGUUCAUGGAACAUGUGAAAAAGCUUGGCAGUGUAUGUGUGAGCAGGGUUGGGUGGGCAGUCAAUGUAACCAAGACAGCCAUCUGUGUUCAUCAAAGCCUUGUUCUGGCAAUUCAACCUGCAUCGAAACAGAAGAGGGUGGAUAUCUCUGUAUCUGUCCUCCUGGAUACACAGGCAAAAAUUGCCAGCUGAAGAAAGGACAGUGUUUAUUGAAUGGCUCUCCGUGUCAGAAUGGCGGAACCUGUGUGGAUAGUAAUGGAUCUGACAGUCACUCAUCUUGCCUGUGUACUCCCGGAUUCACUGGAGAUUUCUGUGAGAUUGGUGUUGACGCUUGUGAGUCCAACCCAUGUCUAAACGGCGGAACAUGCACUGAUCAUGGACUAGUCUACACCUGCAUUUGUCCUCCUGCUUUCUCUGGCCCCAUCUGCAACAUUACUCUGGCUUCAUGCUCUGACAGCACCUGUAGGAAUGGGGGUACCUGCUUAACUGAGACUAGCAGUGGAACUCGAUGUAUCUGUCCGCCCGGUGUAACGGGACCUUUGUGUGACAUUCAAAUCCAUGAAUUCAAACCGAAAGCCAAGUUUAAACCACCAGACCUAGGCCAUCCUCCCCAGCAUUAUAGCCUCCCUGCUCAUCCUUUCAACAAGCUGUUGAAACACCCUGAGCAUGAGUUCCUAAAGAUCACCAAGAAAGAGUCGGUGCAUGCCUCUAGUCCGCUGGUCACACGUAGCCAGGUUAUCUGCUUUGCGAUUUUGGGUCUGCUCACCUGCCUGGUGGUCUUGGGUACCACAAGCAUCAUCUACUUCAAUCGCUGUGAGACGUGGCUGGCAAAUGCGAAGUAUAGCCAGCUUAUGCGCAAACAGAGAAACUUCCUCCUAAGGGCCAACGACACGGAGCAUUCUGUACAUAUCAUCCUGCCUGAGAAAAUUAAACUGACCAAUUAUGGGAAGCACUACACAACCAUAUAACAGCUGGACCACCAGACACUUGUUCUUGGGGUUUUGUGAGCAACAGACUAUUGUUACUUGUUUAGAUGUUGUAUAUGAAUAUUAGGUUAAUUAGGGUAUGGGUCUUAUUGGGAAAUGUUUAGGAAAAUAUUUAUUUCAGGGGCUAGGAGUAGAUUUUUGUAGAUUAUAUAUUAUGGUUGCAUACAGUAAUUACAAUCAUGUGUACAUUCGUAGCUCUGUCUAAAUAAAAACAGCUCUUCAUAUCAGUCUUAACAAUUGAAGAUGUUAUAUUUUCACAAAUUUGGUUAGUGAUAAAAUACCACAUCCAAAUAGUAAACUUAAAAAAAAGCAAAUUAGGAUCUCUGUAUUGACACACAGAACUUGUACUGGUAGGAGAACAAGGAUAAUUUGAAACAAGCCUCUUUGUACAGCAUAAUUCAAAGAAGUAUAUACCUCAUUAUAGGUUUAUUAUAAUUAUAGUAAUUGAAAACCACAAUAACAUGUUGAAUGGGAGCUGUUAUGAGAUAUAAAACCAUUAACUGAUUAAAAAAUAUGUAUA